GAAGCCAGAUACACGAGAUGUAUCACGCAUUCCAUCUUAAUACAAGAAGAAAAUAGGCAUUGUUGAAUUGACGCUCCUACGCACGCGCAGAAUUUCUCUCGAUCGAUGGAAGCACGUAUAAAAUAGAUUCGAAUCUACUUCGAUCUUGCUGAUCGUAGUGAUUGUGAUCAACUAUACUCGUUUGCUAGAAGCUGUUGCGAACGGAUUUUACUUUCUUUCUCUGAUCUGACCAGUUUUUCGUUGUAAUUUGGAGACAUAAUGUCAACAUUUUGGGCGAUGAUUCUACAACCGGGGAAUAAAUACUCGCAAUUCGUGAAAGAUUCUUUUCGCAUAACUAUGGCAAGUUUGGAUAUCACAAGUACUAGUGACAGACCGAUACAAGUAAUGAUGGCUUAUGAGCGGAAAAAAUUUCUGCUUUGUACUUUACACAAGGAUAAACCAUGGCAAGUUCAACUCGACGUUCUUGUGCCAAAGGAAGCUGUUGUAACCCUUUCAUGCAACGGUGGAAGUUACGUUCAUUUAAUUGGACAUUACAGAAUUGGCUCGAUAAAACAUCCAUUUAACUCAAACUGGAUAACAACUUUAUCUUGGCACAUCUUAGGCGAAAAAGUAAAUGAGCUAAAAAAUAAAGGGACUUGUCUAGAAGAACUAACUGAAUAUUUGUAUAAAUAUACAACAGUGAAAAUCGAGGAAAACUGGAUAGUUACACCAUACAUUAUUAACAAGAAACAAAUCCAAGAAGAUAGAAUACCUUUUCAAAUUUUAAACUUAAAAAGAAAAAGCUUUAUGAAAGAUAACAACAGAACGGAAGAAACAAAGCGCGCAAGGUCAUUGCUUCAUUGCAAUGAAAAUAUUAAUUUUAAUAAUAAUUCUUCUGAGAAUCCUUCUAAGGUUCCGUCUGAGGAAUCUUCUGAGAGUUUUUCUGAGAUUUCUUUUGAGGAUUCUUCUAUGGAAAGUAAUGACGAUGAUGAAGAAAAUGAUAAAGAAAAUAAAUCACCAAUAUAUCAAUUAAGGUCAAAAAAUAGACAGAAAAAUGGAAGAAAAAAUGAAAAUAAGAGUGAGAUCCAAAAAAGAAGAAAGAAAGAAUCUGAAAAGCAGGAAAUAAAAAAGAAACAGCAGAAGGCUAAAAUAAUUGAGGAAAAAUCGAAGGAAAAAGAUCCUGACGAAACAAAAAAGAAUAGCAAGCAGCAAGAUAUAAGAAUUAUAAAGGGUGGUGUGAAAGUGCAAGAGUUAAGACCUGGUACUGGCAAAAUCGCAGAAAUGGACAAAUACGUCACAAUUUAUUAUGUAGCUUAUGUGAAGACCGGACGAGACCAAAUGCUGAAAGAGUUUGAUCGAAUUGAACAACUUGGCUUUAGAUUUAAACUCGGAGCAGGAUUCGUGAUCAAAGGCUUGGAUGUAGGAGUAGUUGGAAUGAAAAUUGAUGAAAAACGUCGUCUUAUAAUACCAUCCAAUAUGGCAUAUGGAAAUGAAGGUUAUGGAUUAAAAGUUCCACCUAAUUCAACAGUUAUAUAUGAUGUUGAACUUAAGAAAGUCGAAUAA